UCAGUUGUAGUUUACGCGUCGGUCGCAGCACAACGCAUUCAUUGCGAACAGUGCGCUGUGAAAGCUGUGUUUAUACCAAGCGAUUGAAAGUGAAAAAUACUAAAGACACAGUGAGAGAGUGAGUGACAGAGAGAGGGAGACACAGCAGCAGGAAGACAGGCUAAGCGCAGUCAGUGGACAGCAGAGACAGUGCGGCAGUGACAGUGACAGUGUUUAGUCUGCUGUUAUCAGCGGCGCUAGUGACAACUUGAAUAGUCACGUUGACAGGCGCGGCGAUAGAGUGAAGAGUGAAGAGACGUGCCGUGUGCCUGCAGAGCCGGCGGCAAAAAGGCCACAAAGACCAAGAGUAAAUUAACAACUUAAAAGCUACACAAUACACAAAUACAAAUAAACACAUUUUGUUAAACGUCUGUCCAUACACCUGCAAUUGUGUGUGUGUGUAGGUGUGCUUGUGCUUGUGUGUUUGUGAGUGGGUGUGUUUGUUCCUGUCUGUGGCUGCGUCGUUUCGCGCCUCUCUCAAUUAACGUCCCGCCUCCCGCAGUGAAGCUUCAAACCUGACUCUGAAUACAAACAAACAUCAACGAUUUAUAUUCGUAGUGGCGGCAAUAAUUAACGACAACAACGACGAGCCAAACGAAACGAAAGUAAAAUAAACACCAACAACACAAAAAUUUGAAACGAAAACAAACAGCAAAAAAGAGAAAAGAGAAAAGAAAAAAAAAGCGCAACAAGAGGACGUGAAACGACAGAGAAAAUUACUGCUUAAAUGCUUUGGCAAUUAAGCCAAAAAUUGUUAACAAAAUGCGCAAUGCAUAAAAUUAAACAACGAACGGCAACAACAACCACAACAACAACCAGAGCAGCAACUACAACAGCAACAGUAGCAACAACAGCAACCAGAGGCAAAAGAGGAACAUCGACAGCAACAGCUAAGCAAACAUUUAAAGUGCGGACGCAGAGGACGGCGACGACAGGUGGCAGAUUGGCAGAUUGGCCCCCAGCAGAGCCGUCGCCGUCGUAUUGAAUUAAUUUCGGCUUUGUGAAUGGCACGAGGCGCAACACGAAGCGAAAAGAGCCGAAAACACACAGCACACAGACAACAUAAAGGCAAUUGCCUACUUUAAAAACAGAAACCGAAAAUUGAAAAACAAACUGGAAAAGAACUUUACAAUAGUUGUUGUUGCCGAGAAAUCAACGAUUGUCGACUGCGGGAACUGCGACAAGUUGACACAAAACUUCUCUUUUUUAUUGAUUUUAUUUACGGCCAAUAAUAACAACUAGCACAGCAGAUGGCAAUGAACAAUAGGAAAAGGAAAAACAUUACGGCUUGCCGCUGAAAAAAAAAAAAAAAACAAAACUCGAACGCAAUGUGAAUAAUUUUACUCAAACGUAUCACGAAACAAUAAGAAACAAAUACAGAAACAAAAACAAUAUAGAAUACAGUGAGCGAGCGAGUGACAGAGUGUGAGAGAGAGAGCACGCGUUCGGGAGAGAGGGAGAUAGCGAAAGAGUUGGCAUAUAACUCACAUUUAUUUCAGCCUGCCCCUCGAAGCCAUAACCCAAGUUAUAAUGCCCCAUGAUGAUUCAAGACAAGAACAACGCACACACGCACAGCCCAUAAAAGUGUGCUAUAAAAAUGAAAAACUUAUAAAUUAGUUAAAAAAUAUUAGACAGAAAGAAAUAGACAGAGAGAGAGAGAGAUAGAGAGAAUAAAUACUACAAAAAGAAAAACGAGUAAAUUAAUUUUCAAGUUUAAGCUUGAAUAAUUGGACAACGAUUGCCAUGCAUAAAUGGCCAGGACCAUAGAAAGUAGAGAACAAUAAGAACAACAAAACAAGAAAGUAGAGGAAGCAACAGUAGCAAAAAACGACAAAAGCAAGACUGAUUUUUAUGUUUUAGUUAGCUUUAUUCUCUUAUAAAUAAACCUGGCAGCAGAACAAACGACCUGAAAUCAGAAUCGGAACUUCACAAACACCAACGAAACGAAACAACGAACAACGAAGCGGAAACCUUAGGAAAUCCGCUUCCAGGACAACACAAUUAUCAACAGCAGCAGCAGCAGAAGCAACUGCUUUAUCCUUGUCACCAUCAACAUUACCGACAUCAUCAUCAUCAUCAUCAUCAACAACAACAACAUCGAGCAAGUGAAACUAUUGAAGCGCAAUGUUUGUGUUUAUUGCCGUCCUGCUUGUCAAUGGCUGUCUGGCUGGCACCAUUCCGGCCGCAAUUCCAGCUACACCGGAAAACAUAACCGUCACAUUUCUAACGCCCACCGCGGUGCGUGUUUCGUGGCAAACGCAGAUCGAUCUCAAGGCGCAUCCCAUCGAGAAGUACAUAGUGACCUAUAAGCCCACAGAUGACAGGGUUGUACAGGAUGUCGCCGGCAGCAGUGAGGCCAUUGUCCUGGACCGUUUAUUGCCCAGCACCCAGUAUUCUCUGUCGGUCACCGCCAUCUGGAUGGGCAAAAAGUAUCGCAGCCGGGGUCAGAUCAAAUUUCGCACCUUGGAUUUGCCCAAGAACACAUCACAGCAGGACUUUCCGCCGGGCAUCUAUGGCCGCAAUGGGUCCGGCAAUGGCAGCAUCUUUGGCGACGACGUCACCUCCACAGCCACCAACACAUUGACGCACAGCACAACGCGCGAGCUGCCAACGAUACGCGGUGUGGAAAUUGGCAUUGUGCUCAUCGUGCUGAUGGUGUGGGCCGGUGCCAUUGCACUGUUCUUUAAUCGUUGGGGCAAGAUACGCAUGCUGCUGCCGUAUCAGCCGGAUUACAAGCACGAGCAGCUCAAGGUGCCAGGAACAGGCGUGUGCAGCGCCAGCGGCUGCAAUGGUCAGCACUCGCAUCAGAACCUACACCCCGAUUUCUUUGUCAAGUGUUUGCCCCGCUGCGAGGGUUGCGGAAUCUUCGAUCGUUGCUUUCAGUAUCCGCGCAGGGAGCUGGAGCGCGAUUGCGGCUGUCAGUUUGCGUUGCUGCACAAGGCGGAUGUGGAGAGCUAGCAACCAGUGCAUCGCGAAACGGCUGUGCAGAGUGUUGUUGCCGUCGCCAAUCACAAUCAUGCCCAUGGCACGCCCACCAACACCUAUGUGCGGGGUCCAAGUGUCGACAAUCAGUCGAUUGUCGGUGGCAAUGCGCUGCUGGAGCACGGGCACGGCCAAGGUCACGGGCAGCAGAGCAUUGACAGUGCUGCACUCGAUAGACACGAUGCAGAUGCGGAUGCGGAUGACGCAGAUGGGGAUGUGGAUGCAGAGGGCAGGGCGAGUGGCUGCCAGUCAGCUGCUGAGGAUCAGCAGUUGUUGCAACGGGAGGCGGCACCACAGCGUCUAUUGCCGCUGUCGGUCAACAGUCAUGCAACGAAACAACGGCGAUUUGCCCAACAGCGCAGCAUACUAAAGAACUCACAGGAGCGCACCUUUGUCGAGGAGAACGAGGUGCUCGAGGCCAAAAAGCAAUUGAUAUUGCGCCGACGGCGCCUCUUCAGCCAUUACCGGCAGUACGAUCAGUGGCGACGGCGACAGUUUAGCUAUGAUCCCAGUUACUUUCGCCCGCCUCCGCUGCCGUCUAGACCGCUGGCAUACGCUGAUUACGGCCCAACGGGCAUGCCAGGCACUGUCGGCGUCGGCUACGGCGUCCACAUUGGCAACAUGCCAGCAACAGCAGCAGGCGGCAUGGGCAUGGGAGCCGUCACUGCGGCCAAUGCUGGACGACGGCGUCGACAGUACCGGCGUCAGUAUUCGUGCGCCGAUCGCAGUCGUGAUGGAUCACGCGAGAGUCGCGGCUCCUCAUCGCUGCAGCUGCAGAAAUACCACAGCAUGGUCGCCAGCGAUACCAUACACACCGAAUCGUCAAUGCUCAAUCACAGCAACUACAGUGAGCCGGCCAGCUUCGACAGCAGUGAUUGUGGCGGCACCUUUGCUCACCCACCGUUGCACUGCAAUAGCCGCCACAUCCACAUGCUGGCGGAGGAGCGUUCCACAUCGAUAUCGGAACGCUGCACACGCAGUCGCAUCAAUUCGGCCAUAUUCGUCUCGUCGGAGGGUCGCGGCUUCGAUUCCAUUGAGUUCCUGCGACGCCACGGCUCACAGAGUGUCCUUUGCCGCAAGGCCAAAAGUGCCGAGAAUAUCACAGAUAAUGGACGCCGGAAGAGUUUGCGACCUUGGCGAACCGAUGAUGACUCCGUCCAACAGCAGCAGCACCAACAGCAAGACUCCUCCCAGGACAUCGAGCUAAAGGAGUGCGGCAACACCGCUGGCGAAUUACUCACGCUGCCUGUGCUCCAUGACGCCAAGCAAUCGCCCACAGCGACAACCAGUCUAUUGGCCCGCUCCUCGGCCAUUACCACGGCCAAUGUGAUUGUGGGCAGCAUUUCAUUGGAGGCACCUCCACCAUAUAUGCAGGAUGAUGACACACACUCAAUAUCAGCGUUGAUUCAUAGCGAUGCCGCUGCCAUUGUGCAUGACUCACAGGAUUCGGCGGAAACCGUGGAGGAGUUGGUGCAUGUGCCACUGUUGGCAAGUCAAACAGCCACAGCAUCGGUUUCGGCCGCCUCAUCGCCCAGCAUUGCCAUCGAGGCGAAGCCACGUGUACUGGUGCAUCAACGCUCCUCGACGGCGUCUUCAUCGCCGCACAACAGUCCCAAGAGUUUGGGACUCGGCCUAAAGAUUGUGAAGCCCAAGAUUAAUGCCGUGCCAAUGGUGUCAGUGUCCGGUCCAUCGCCGCCCAUUGAGAAACCGCCGCUGGCGGAGUGUUUGUAACAAAUGGCAGCCGAAACAUUUAUCUAAGCGCGCUCACUCACGGCAUCUGGACACCCCAGACCUAGUCCCUGUUCCCACGACUCACAACCCAGACCAGCACCAGACACCAACCAUACACGAAGACACAGAGAACACAGAAGAACCCAACUAGCACUUGCACGUCCCACACAGAAUCUCAGAUAUGGAAGAAAGUGGAUAGUAAAGUAUGCCAGCUGCUCAAAUAAGUGUUUCGGUGAAGCUAGAGAGAUUGAAUUCUACUCUGCUGCAGGAAGUAGAACUAGAACUAGGAAUAGGUGUAGGCGUAGGCGUAGGAGUAGGAGUAGCAAUAGGAAUAGGAAUAGCUGUAGUUAUUGUACCAAAAAGUAAAAAAUAAAAGGGCAUUGCCAUGCAGGAAAGCUUUGUAUAUUCAAGAACAACGACUGAAGUAUACACAUAUGUUACAUGUAUGUACGAACAUGAACUUUUAGACGUUUAUAAGGCGUUCUAUAGUAGUAUACACCACAUUAACACAGACAGAAACAACUGAUAAAUCAGCUUUAACAACAAAACAUGUAAACUAUCAGGCUUUAAUAUUAUGAUGAAUUUCUGGUCAUAGGCAGACCAACUAACAACAACCUGUUGAACAAGUUAUUCUCGUUAUUGUUCUCCCUAUACCAAUACCAUUUACCACUUAUAUUAGUAUAUACCUAACAAAUAUAGAUAUUUAUAUAUAUAUAUAUAGCCAAAACUAGGGCACCACACAUAUUUAUACACCACUCUUAUAGUACUUAUAUCAAUUUAACUAUACAUAUAUAUGUACAUAUGUAUAUUUAUAUUUUCAUUGGUAGCCUAUACACUUGCUACAAAUGUGUGUACUUAGGCAUUACCUUAGAGGUAGAUAAUCCCUUUGACCCACACAACUGUACACCCAUCUAUACACCCAAUACUAAAUUUACAUUUAUAGGCUUCUAGGCACAAUGAAUAUAUAGUCCGAAUCAGAAUGUUACUUAUAUAUAUACAUAGCUAACAUAUCAAUUAACCCACGACCAAAAACGAAACGUUGAAACUGUAAACUAGUCGAUAAAUUUAAAUUCCUACUAUGAUAUUGUAAUUAACGUCAAAUAAGAAAGUGCCCAGGAUGAGUUCUAAGUGUUUUUAAAACUACUUGUACUUGUACGUUUUCGUGUAGUUUGUAAUUUUUAAUAAUAAUAUAUAUACUAUAUAUAAUUCUAUAUACUAUAUAUAUUAUAUAUACCAAAACAUAUGUAUGUACGAACUCAUCAUGUAUCCUUGUAGUGUUUAAGCAUGCAUUUUAACAACAGUUUCACUUGAUGUACCUACAUACAUACAUACUUAUAAUAUAGAUACGAGUACUUAGGUAUAUGAAUUCCUUGAUAAUAGAGAUUAUACAUUUAAAUUAUAGAACUGAUGGCAGCACACAGAAAUCAUUUGCUCUCUCCUCUUUAGGUAGUCAUUAUAUUUUAGUUAUGUUACUCAAAUUAUCACAGCAAUAAUUGCCCAAAGUAAUUCCCAACUUAUCCUAAAUACUAACAACUAUGUAUUUAAAUCUAUAACUUCAGUUGAAAUCAAAUCAAAUCUUAUGUAAAUACACCCGCACAUGCUACAAAUUCUAAUCCCACUAUAGACUCUCAUCAGCCUAUGAAUUUUUUCAUUUCUACUACGAGUAUGUACUCUAAUGGAACACGAGAUGUUGUUAUAAAGGAAUUGUCAAUUUAUGGUCCAAAGCUACAAUAAAAAACACCAUUCAAAUGGGUCAAAAGUAAGCUUAACUAAGUAAUACUUAGAUUAUGUUCAAUUCGAAAAAAAAAUAUGUGGAUGUGUAUUUUUUGAAAUCAAAUAAACGAAAUCUAUCUAUAU